AUGACAUCUCCAUGGUUCACUUUUAACUUUUGCAGUGUGCUCUUCAUCUCCAUUCACCGUUAUGAUGACCAACGCUUUUGGCCCAAUUUACGCGAGUCCAACUUUGACUUUAUUGGAAGCGGUCGUGGCCGUGGCUUUAACAUUAACAUCGCCCUGAAUGAUAAGAACAUUGGUGACGCUGACUACCUGGCCAUCUUCCACCGAUUGAUUUUGCCUGUUGCCUAUGAGUUUGACCCUGAUUUGGUCUUGGUCUCGGCUGGCUACGAUUGCGCAUACGGAUGUCCCUUAGGUCAACUGGAAGUCAGUCCACCUUUGUUCGCUCAUCUAACUCAUAAGCUCAUGAGUCUGGCUGAUGGCAAUAUCGUGGUUGCCCUAGAGGGCGGUUAUCACCUUGAUUCGCUUGCUGAAAGUGCAUGUCACACGAUCUCAGCACUUUUGGGUGAUCCGAUCCCCUCCCUGGAUCCGCUAAAAGAAGUGAACCCAAGGUAUACAACCGGGGAUUUUCGUAUUCGUUGUUGUCGUGAAAUAGCAUUUAGUCAGUAA